AUGCCAACGUGGCUGAACGUGGCUGAGAAGCCGAGCGUGGCGAAGGAGUUGUCGUCGGUGUUGUCGAACGGUAGCUGCAGAACUGGCCAGUCCCUCUCCCGCUUCAACCCGCUCUUUGAGUUUGAGCUCGACGGGAACCAAAUGCUCUGCACCUCCGUGGCAGGGCACCUCAUGAACGACGAGCUGCCGCCGGAAACGCGGAGCUGGCAGCACUACCCGCUCGUCAACCUCUUCACCGCCAGCAUCACGAAGCACGUGAAGCCGGAGAUGGAGCCGGUGAAGAGAAACCUGGAGGCGCUCGGUCGUCGCGCCGCCGUGCUGGUGCUCUGGAUGGAUUGCGAUCGAGAGGGGGAGAACAUCUGCUUCGAGGUGAUGCAGGUGGUGCAGGCAGUCAACCGGGGCAUCCGCGUGUGCCGGGCCCACUUCUCCGCACUAACGAAGCGGGACCUCUUCUUGGCGGUUAGGAACCUCAAGGUCCCGAACAGGGCCCUUUCGGACGCGGUGGAGGCGCGGCAGGAAAUUGACCUUCGCAUCGGCGCCGUUUUUUCCCGCUUUCAGACCAUUAAAUUUCGCGACUCGUUUAGCGGCAUGCCGCGGGUGCUUAGCUUCGGCCCCUGCCAGAUUCCCACGCUGGGGUUUGUUGUUCACCGCCACUGGGAACGUCAGGGGUUUGUGGCGGAGGACUACUUUACGCUGCUGCUGCGCCACGGGCAGACCAUCUUUCACAGCUGCCGGGGGUCGCUCUUCGACCAGGUUGCCGCCACCCUCGUGCUGGAGACGAUGCUGGAGACCGCCGGCGCCAACGCCGAGGCGCAGGUUGUGGAUGUCGUGCGACGCCCCACCCGGCGACGCCCCCCGGCACCGCUCGCCACCGUCGCGAUGCAGAAGUUGGCUGCCACUCACCUGCAUAUCUCCUCCGAGCAGUGCAUGACAUGGGCGGAGUCGCUGUACCAGGAGGGCCUCAUCUCCUACCCCCGCACCGAGACGGACUCCUUCUCGUUCACCGAUGAGGAGCUGCGCGAGAUUGCGGCUCUGCAGCACGGCAACCCAGCAGUGGCGGACUACGUGACUGCCAUGCUCGACGACCCCGCACAGCGGUUCCGUCGACCGCUCAAGGGCGGCCACGACGACAAGGCGCACCCGCCCAUUUACCCCACCAAGCUGAUGCGAGCCGAGGGCGACAACAGAACCCCGCUCUACAAUCUCAUUGUCCGCCACUUUCUUGCGUGCGUCUCACCCGACGCGGUGGCGGCCACGACCACCGUCACCGCGGUGUUUGGGGGCGAGAAGUUCACCACCGCCGGCACGACGAUUCUUGAGAAGGGCUGGCUCGACAUCUACCCCUACGAGCGAUGGCACAGCACUUGUCUACCUGUCUACGAGCAGGGUGAGCACUUUGCCCCAACGGACGUUACUCUUGAACAGCACCGAACCGUCCCACCGCCGCAUCUCACGGAGACGGCGCUCAUUGCUCUCAUGGAUGAACACGGCAUUGGAACCGACGCUACCAUCGCGCAGCACAUCAAGACUGUUCUUGACCGGGGAUAUGUGAAACGAGAGGGGUCGUUUUUGGUCCCUACCGCGUUGGGAGUUGCACUGGCCUCGGCAUAUGCGGUGAUUGGGCUGCUAAGUCUACUGCAGCCGCAGCUGCGGGCACAGAUGGAGCUUGCCAUGUCCGACAUUGUCUCGGGGAAGGCCAGCAAGAGCCAGGUGGUCGACGCCGCCGUGCAGCUUUACAGUGAGGUCUUUCGGAAGGUAUCCUUGGGAAGUAAAGAGAUGUAUGAGGAGUUGUGCUGCCAUCUGUCUCCGGCAGCGCCGCAGAUGUCACCCGCCGCCGACGCCUGCGGCACAGGUCGCGUGGUGCAGCGUCGCGUGGUGCCGUGUGGGGUGUGUCACAACCCUAUGGAUCUUGUCGAGCAAACUGAGGGGGGGCGGGAGGUGUGGUGCGUGCGGUGUGGCACGUGUUGCAAGGACCACCGCGUCCCAAAUGGGCGCCUGAAUCAGCUGACCGCCUGUGGACAGUCCUGCAUCCUCUGCGGCUUUGGCGUUCUUGACGUGCGAAGCACAGAGAAGCAGACCGCCUACACGGUGUGCCCGCACUGCUUUACCUCGCCACCCCCCGGCACUGACAUGGAGUCGUUCACCGGGUUUCGCUGCUUUCAGUGCCUCGCUGACUGCCCGCUGGCGAAGGGGCUGGAGAACAUGGCCAUCACCCGGUGUGCUUCGUGCGGGGAACACGAUGUCCGUCUCUGCACGGGCGUGCGGGGAGCCUUUUUGAGCUGCCGCGGCUUUCCCGCUUGCAGGUACUUUGUGACCCUCCCAUGGGCGAGGCGCGUACGCCCCACUCCGACGAUGCGUUGCGCGUCGUGUCAGGCCGUCAUGCUUCAGUUUGAGUUUGGUGGGAUGCCGACGGUCCCCGGGCUAGAGGAGGGCGAGUGCGUCUGCGUCUUCUGCGAUGGCCGGUUGCAGGAGUACGUGUCUGUGAAGGGGAGAGGCCCACGCAGGAACGACUGUGCCUCGAACCGUGACCACACGGAUGACCAACAAACAAAGCAGCAGCAGGCACCGUACACGUUGCCGGUGCCAAGUGGCGCGGUUGCGGCCCGUCGACGAGUACCCGCGAAGGGAAAAGACACAGGCACAUUGUGUGGGUGUGGAGCGCCGGCGCGGCAGCUCGUGUCGAGGAAAGAAGUCUCCAAAGGGAGACGGUUUCUGACGUGUGCGAGUAAAACGUGUUUGUUUUUCCAGUGGCUCGAUUGA